AUGAAUCGCUUGGUUACGGCUUCUAGAAUUGUCCGCAGCUACACUACUGCCGCUCCAAAAAUCAGCACUGGAAUCGAACACGCUGAAAAAGCGAAGCAACGUCAAGGUGGAAAGCCGGACUGGUCGUUGUACAAAUGCGACGAUUACUUGAAAUUCGACAAAUACUCGUUCGCUCAGGCUGAGGUUACCAUGGAAAAAGACCGAGUUCCUCAGCCAUCUUAUAAGCGUGCCGACGAAAUGCCAAAAAUGACGUCUUUUGAGCAUCACGAGAUAAAAGCUCUUCAUGGAAAAUCGAAUCACGACGUUUUAAAAUUUUUCGCCGAUUGGAAUUCAAAAAACAAAAAUUUGCAAUCGUUUGGACAUAUCGAUUAUUUCGCACGCGAGGAGUUUGCGAAACUUAUAACUGCAAAGAGAAAUGAGACCGAACUCGCUGCGACUUUUAUCGAAACAAUCAGAUUACUUGCGCGAGAAAAAACGGGAAUUGAGACUCUGAUGACCCCCGAUGUUUGCGAUUUCGUGCUUUUCAAUGCAGGUCUCCCAGUAAAAGAUGGAUUCGAAAUCACGCAAACCAAUCUUCACGAAGCUCAGAAAUGCCUCAUAAAUACAUUAUUCAAUUCGUCAAAAAUGAGGGAACGAUUCGAACAUCACGCAGAAAAUAGCGAUCUGCUUAUCAGCUAUUUGUUUGAGUUGGACACGUCAAAAAGAAAUGAAUCAGCGCAUAAAUGGAUAAUUCCAUUUCCUAAUGACGCUGCCGAGGAAAUUUGGUUCCUCUACCACCGAAUUGCUUUUAUUGUGACCGCGUUGAGCAGAAAACUUCAAAAUCUUUGGGCUCAUAAAGAUAAUACAGUUGAUUGUCUCUUAUUGGCUGUGGAAUCUCUUAACGCGAACAAAAAUGCCAAACAGAUUGAUUAUUUAAGAGCGAAUGAAGCGAUGAAAACACUUUUUAAUGUAUAUUGUCAUGCCAGUGACGAUUCUCUUUCAAAGGACAAAGUACGAAAAAUCAACAAAGCUCUUUACAAUGUGGUCGUUGCUGAGGAUAACUCAUAUAAUGAUGAGACUAAACAAGCGGCUAUCAAUAGCUUUUCCCUGCCGCCAGUGUUUCCGGAUAUUGAAAUUUUGUGCACAAGCCCAAAUUCGUCGACAUCCGGCGAGAAUUUCGAUGACAUGACCUUCACUGACAAGCUUCUCAAAUAUUUGGAAUCGCGUCUGAAUGAGCUUCCACCUGUUGCUAGUCAAACAACAUCUUGCACUGCUGCGGACCUCAUCGGUCCCUAUUUCACAACUCUCAGUCGCCUUUGUAGAGAUAGCAAAUAUGCGCGAAGAUACUGCCGAAUGAAGAUUCUGCCGCCAUUGAAAGACAAGGAAGUCGAAAAGAGGCCUGAAGAGGAAGACUCGCUUCGUGGGAAAAUUGUGCGAUUCAUGAUGAUGCCGACUUGUGCCAAAGACAUCGCCGCGCAAUUUUUGUUCGUUUUGUGCAAGAAAUCGGUGGCAAGAAUGAUCAAAUAUACCGGAUUCGGACAUUCUGCUGGACUUUUGGCCAAUAUGGGGCUUCUUGGACAAAUCAAUGAGCCGAAACACGACUCGGAUAGUGAAGACAGUGAGACGGAGGAGUACAACUCGGUUAAGGAUAAUGUGAAUCCAGUGACUGGAUCUCUUUUCCCACCUGACAGAGGAUCGUUCCUUGAAGGAAUGAGUGAGGAACAAAAGGAGUACGAGGCGAUGAAAUUGGUUGAUGCAAUGAACAAAAUGAUGGAUGCCGGAAUUGUGAAACCCGGAACAAUCGGAGAAGAUGGAAGAGUUCGGGAAGUCAGUCACGUUCUUGAACUCACCAAAAAUAUGCCCGAUGUGAAAGACGAUAGCGACUCGGAUUGA